UUUCUUGUCACUUUCUCAGUUCAUUUUCUCGAGAAAAUAAAAAACUAAGAAGAAGAAGACGAAGACGAAACCUGAAGGCCAAAGUCGAAAUUCUCUCGAUUAACAAAAAAAAUUCAUUUGGAUCUAUCGUCGAUGGAUCUCAUACCUCAGCAGCUCAAGGCCGUAACUCUAACACACGUCCGGUACCGUCCGGGAGAUCAGCUCGGACAUUUCCUAGCCUGGAUCUCUCUCGUUCCUGUAUUCAUCAGCCUCGGCGGAUUCGUUUCUCAUUUCCUAUUCCGGCGUGAGCUUCAAGGGAUCUUCUUCGGUAUAGGUCUCGUGAUCUCUCAAUUCAUCAACGAGUUUAUCAAAACAUCCGUGGAACAAGCUCGUCCCGAGACAUGUACGUUACUCGAAGCUUGCGAUUCGCACGGAUGGCCAUCGAGCCACUCGCAAUUCAUGUUCUUCUUCGCCACGUAUUUCAGUUUGAUGGGAUGUAAAGGAAUUGGGUUCUGGUUUGGGUUAAGAAGCAGAUGGAUUAUGAAUCUUCUCCAUUGGUCUCUAGCUGUCGUUACGAUGUAUUCUAGGGUUUAUUUAGGUUACCAUACGGUGGCUCAGGUUUUCGCAGGUGCGACGCUUGGGGGUGUUGUUGGUGCGGGUUGGUUCUGGUUUGUGAAUUCUGUUUUGUAUCCGUUUUUUCCGGUGAUUGAGGAGAGUGUAUUGGGGAGAUGGCUCUAUGUUAAGGAUACUUCACAUAUCCCUGAUGUGUUGAAGUUUGAAUAUGACAAUGCAAGAGCUGCUAGGAAGGAUUUGGAUUCUGCUAAGUCUGAUUAAUUUGCCUUAAUUUGAUUUUUGGUCGAGAACUUGGGAAAGCUUUGUUUAGCGGCCUUGUUAUCCUUUUUUAUAAUUAUAUAUUAUCAGGAAUCACAAUGAGGUGGGAGGGAGAUUACAUUUAUACCUACCACUGUCUAAGACUUUGAUGACAUUGGUUAGAUUAGCAGCUCAUCAUCUGAACAUCUCACAUAAAAGAGGAACCUUCACACUUAUUAAGUGAUCUUUGUAUCUUUUUUUUUUUUUUUUCCAUUUCUUUCUUUGCGCAUUCAGUUGACUAUUGAAAGAAUUAGUUUCAUAAAAGAAAAAUACACGCGUUUCCAGCAUUA